AUGUCUGACGAGGAGUCAUACGCGGUACAGGCAAAAUCAGCCGGCGAUGAGUCCCUCAAGAAAGAUGCGGAUCAGCCUUUAUCGGCAGGUGAACUGGAGCCCUUUGGCAAUGAAGAUCAAGCCGAGGUCAAGUAUCGAACUAUGAAGUGGUGGCACUGCGGGAUGCUCAUGAUUGCUGAGAAUGUCUCUGUGGGAAUUCUGUCUCUUCCAUCAGCAGUUGCGACUCUUGGAAUGGCACCAGCUGCUAUCAUGAUUGUCUUCAUCUCAGCCUUGUCAUGGUACACCGGCUAUGAAAUCGGUCAAUUCAAACUUCGUCAUCCUCAUAUCCAUAGCAUGGGAGACGCAGGCGAGCUCUUGAUGGGUCGCGUCGGCCGUGAACUGAUGGGAAUCGGCCAGCUGUUGUUACUGAUUUUCCUGAUGGCCAGCAAUAUUCUGAUGUUUAACAUCCUCAUGAAUGCUUUGACAGACCAUGGCACUUGCACACUAGUGUUUGGUGUUGUUGGUCUCGUCAUCUGUUUCCUGGGCGCUUUGCCUCGGACCAUGGACAAAGUGUAUGUGAUGUCUGUUAUAUCAUUCGUGAGUGUGUUCGUUGCUGUGAUGGUGACGAUGAUCACUGUGGGUGUUGAAAGCAAAGGCCAUAUCCCCACUCACGCUACGACCAACGUCAGCUUCCGGGAGGGCUUCUUGGCAGUGACUAACAUUAUCUUUGCUUAUCUUGCGCAUGUUGCAUACUUCGGCUUCAUGUCAGAGACAGAAGACCCGCGAACGUUCAAUAAAUCCCUGGCGAUGCUUCAAAUCAUUGACACUGUUCUGUACCUUAUCAGCGCUCUGAUCAUUUACCGAUAUGUCGGGCCUGAUGUCAAAUCGCCGGCUAUUGAAUCUCUGAGUCCAUUGAUGAGAAAGGUUGCUUGGGGACUCGCUAUCCCUACUACUAUCCUUUCUGGUGUUGUUCUGGGCCAUGUCGCUUGUAAAUACAUCUACGUGCGCAUGUUCCGGGGAUCUGACAAGAUGCAUAGCCGGAGCUUCUUCUCAAUCGGUACAUGGGUUGGGAUUUGUCUCGGGGUCUGGGUCGUAUCAUGGGUUGUUGCAGAGUCAAUCCCUGUCUUCAACGAUCUUCUGAGUCUCAUUAGUGCGCUAUUUGGUAGUUGGUUCAGCUUCGGCCUGCCUGCCAUCUUCUGGUUCCACAUGAACCGUGGCCAGUACUUCAAGAACUAUAAGAAGGCUUUCUUGACAAUCACGAAUGUCUUCGUUCUAGCCAUCGCCUGUGCUAUUUGCGGACUGGGUCUAUGGGUCUCCGGAGCCGCUAUCCACGAGGACUCAGGCUCUGGUGCUUGGACAUGCAGCGCGAGCAGCUGA